AUGCACCAUCCCUGCAGCGCACUUCGAGUCCAUAGCACGCUGAGAAUUUGUGGAGUUUCUUGGGAUGGAGUCAAGAUUUGGGUAUUUGGGCAUACGCAUUAUACGACUGAAUUUAAGGAGAGGGGGAUUAGUGUUGUGAGUAAUCAACGGGGAUAUGUGCUUCCUUGGAAAACUGAAAAGGGGAAUUUUGAUGUGAGGAGGGUGGUAUCGAAGCCAGGCUUCGACGAAGAUGAGGUUUGA